UUACCGAGACAGUUCCUGCUGCAGGCCAAAUAUGACCACAAGUUUCCUAGAGGACCACCAGUGGAUGAAUAUGACAGAUUAUGCCCAAUGCCCACAGAAACCGCGGCUGUCACCGGAGUGUGAAAGAUUGACCCAUGACGAAAUCUGCUCCUUUGCUUGUUCGCCAAACUUGGGUCCAUGGAUUGUGAGAGGGAAAGAAUACCCGUAUAGUGACCGUUAUAAUCAACUGCCUCUGUGCGCCAGACAAUGUGACAAAUGGUGGAACGCUUGCAAGGAGGAAUACACGUGUCACAAAAACUGGUUCACUGACCCUGCCUGGGACGCUAAUGGUAUGAACAUUUGCCCAAAGGACACUGUGUGUAGGAAAUACACUGAGGUGUACACAUCAGCUGCUGAUUUCUGCAACACCAUUUGGGAUGGCGGUUAUCACGUGGUACCAGACACCGAGCCUUGCCUGGAGUUUAGUUUUGAUCCAGCAAAACCAAAUCCGAACGUCCCUGUGGCUCGAGCUGCUGCCGAAAAAAAGGCUGCUGUGUCUGGGGCUUCCGGAUUGAAGAUGUAUUCCCCUUCAGGGGUUUUUGUUCUUUAUACGAUGUUCUUAAUGUUCAUCUUAUCUCACCCAAAUCCAAUAUAAAGGUGCAAAUGGGGUCACAAGCAUGCUGUUAAAAUAUUAAGUGCACAGGUUACAGAGUAUGUUUGAUUAUUUUAGAG